AAAACGCUUAGCAAGAGGGAGUGAGAGAGAGAGAGAGACAGAGAGAGAGAGAGAGAGAGAGGGAGGAAGAGAGCAGGAGUGCACUCCCAGUGUGCUGUUGCACAUCGUGCACACCUCCUCCUCUACUGCUUGUGAUACAACACUGCCCUCUCUCUCUCUCAUUCACUUGUUUCAUCUCUCUCUUUCCCUCUCUUAAUCUCUCUGUAUUGCCCCCCCCCCCCUCUUCUUCCGUGUCGGUUAGAGUGUUUCAGCUCCUGUUCUCUCAAUCUCGUCUGCGACAGCCAGGAAGAUCCUGCCACAGACACAACAAGACAAGAAACAAGAAAAAGCCAAGACACCCGAACAACCUUUCUGAGAAAAAACAAGACAGCAAGACGACAACGCCUCGAACAACAACACAACAGGUUAACACUUCUGAGACACAACGACACAACAACAGCACCGCCUUUCAGACACAGCAAGACAACAAGACAAGACAACAACCUUUCUUAGACAACACGACAACUCCAGCGUCCUGCCGUUACCAUUGGAUACGAGUAGAACGAUGAUGUCAGAUUCCGCGUGAGGAGAAAGAGAGAGAGAAACAGAGAUAGAAAGAGAGAGAGAGAAAAAGAGAGAGAGAGAGAUUCUUUCUCUCCUGGAUAACCAUGGUAACUGUUUGUUUGGAGGUCUCUCUCAUGGGCUCCUUUUCUCUACACCGACAGUCUCCACGCCGACAGUCAGUUCCUGGUUAGCGAUGACGAGAGGUCAACGGGGGGUCUUGCACUGAUCCUUCAUCGCCCCUCCCUCGUCUUCCUCCUCCCCGUCACACUCCUCCUCGUCUCACCCCAUCUCCCCCUCCUCCUUCAACUUCUUCUUGUCCCACUCCCCCUGUCUCCGCUCCCUCUUCCACCUCUAUCCCCCCCGCCCCCUCCACCUUCCCCUCUCCCCCUCUUCCUCCUCCCCCACCUCCUCUACGUCCUCCUCCUCCAUCACCAUGUGGACUCUAGUGGUGGUGUGUGUGCUGGGUGUGGUGAGGCAGGUGGAGGGAUAUGAAUCCUACCAGGAGGACUACUACACCGAGGACGUCUUCACUGAGGCUCCUGUGAUUGGCGGGAGGCAGAGAAGUUUGGAUUCGGCCUCCAGUGUGGACGAGCUGCUUGAACUACUGUACCCAGAAUACAGUUUGGUACAGCACUGCCUGCGCAGGAAGUCCCAGCGUGAUCACGUCCCCUCGCCUCACGCCGAUGAUGACCCAUGGGGGCUGCCUCGCCAUGCUGCCGUCUACCGCCCUGAUGGCACCUUCGAAAUCAUCCUGGAGGAGAUGCAGAGGACAGCGUGCCGGCCCAGGGAGGUGUGUGUGGAGGUGAAUAAGGAGUACCCUGAGAACACUAGCCACUUCUACCUGCCCCGCUGUGUGGCCCUGCUGAGGUGUGGAGGCUGCUGUAACCAUGAGGCCCUGUACUGCACCAACACCUCACACACACAUGCCAACAAGACGCUGCUGGAGGUGUCUUCCCCCAAGAUGGAGCGCUCUGUGGUCACCCUCUCCUUCAUUAACCACACUUCCUGUGAGUGUCUUCCCAAGAGGCCGCUGCACUCCAUCAUCAGGAGGGCCGCAGCAGAACACCUCGCCCUGUGCUCUCCUCCAGAUGUGCCCUGUGCUCCAGGUCUGCUAUGGGACCCAGCCAGCUGUAUGUGUGUGUCCUCCGACACCAGCCCCUUCUCCCCCCGGGAACUGGGUACAACCCUCGCAGAUUACACACCAAAUCACAACUCCCUGGACUCUGCCCUCCUGGCUCUCUGCGGCCCCAACAAGGUCCUGGAUGAGGGCAGCUGUGAAUGCGUGUGCCGUAACGGGCUGACAGAGGCCAGCUGCGCGUCCGGCUGGAGGCUUGACCAGGACAGCUGCGAGUGCCAGUGCGAAGGCCAGCCAGCCCAGGGCACCUGCCCCCCAAACCAGCGCUGGGACCCCCAGCUGUGUGGGUGCGUGUGCAGGGCAGCGUGCCCUCCUCGCCAGCCCCUCAACCCGGAGACGUGCCUGUGCCAGUGCAGGGAGAACCCCCAGACCUGCCUACUGCAGGGCAAGAAGUUCAACCCCAACUCCUGCAGCUGUUACAGACUGCCAUGCAGGAAGCCCCAUCGCUCCUGCCAGUCUGGUUUCUACUACAGCCAGUAUGUCUGCCAGUGCAUUCCCAGCUUCAUGAGGGAACACCAGUGGAAUUGAUCUCUGCCCUCUGAGCUGACCUCUUCUAGACUUCAGCUGAUCCAUUACUGGACCGUACCAUCAGAACUAUACUGGACCAGUACCAUCAGGACUAUACUGGACCAGUACCAUCAAGACUAUUCUGAACCAGCUCAACUAUACUGGACCAGUACCAUCAGGACUAUACUGGACCAGCUGAACUAUACUGGACCAGUACCAGUAGAACAAUAGUGGACCAUCAAAUCCGCUAUGUAAGGUUAGAAACCAGCAGACAGUGACGUGGACUAGCCAGGAACAGACCCAGACUGGCAAUGUGUGGAGG